AUGCAAAAACCAGAUGCACCACUCCCAGCCAAAGCCUCCUGCUUCCGACAACUGCAUGUCCGCGUCGCUCUGCUUGUGGCUGUAGUAUUUACCCUGACCAUUCUUCUGGCAAAGAAGGACUUCAGGACGGCCUUGGACAUUGGCUCCCUCAAGUUGAUCCGGAGGAAUGAUUCGGAGGCAAAGCCUGCGACUCCAGAGUUCUUGGGCAAGAGACCCCUGCUGAAUGCAAACCGAUCCGAAUCCUUGGUGGCUCCAGCGUAUGCGCCUGCAGCUGACUCCCGCUCGGAGUCCACAGAUGCCUUCGUGAAUGCCAGCUUGGCUGCCGGCGAGGCUGCCCAAGAGCCCGGCCCGGGGCCAAAGCCCAAGCUCGAAGCCUUCCUGACCCUCCCCUACACCAUGGCCUCCAUUGAAAGAUUCGCCUUGGAGAACUCUCUAGAUGUCUACAUGGUGCUGCAACGGGGCCAGAAGAGGGGCUCUUCUUGGUUGACCUAUGCCGCGAACUUCUAUGGAUCUGAGGCAGAGGACAAGAUCAUACGAAAGCUGCGAAGUAUGCGCGGUGCUUCCGACGGAGUUCAGAUUCGCGAGAUCAUUGACGUGAGCGACGGCAGCUGCACCGAGUAUCGAAAGAGCUUUCAGUCCAGACAGAAGGUCUUGAAAUAUUCCGACUGCAAGGAGCACGCGUCCAAUUCCCAGAUCCGCUGGUUGAGGACCUGCUUUGACCGCGUACUUGCCAGUGGAGUGCAAUAUGGUCGCAUCGUCCGGACGCGACCGGAUGUGGCAUUAUUUCGUGACGUUCGUCUUUCCUCUUAUCCUUGUGGAAAAGUUUAUGUCCCUUACAAGAGUGACCCCUCGCCGGUUGCCGGCGACUGGUUCUUCUUCAUGGACUUCACGCUGUUGAAGAGCUGGUGGGCCACUGUCGAGGCUGCCUCAACCGUAAAAUACCAGCAAUGGCCAUAUCCCGACUACUACAUCUUCAAGAAUGCAGCUUUGCGACGCACACACCUUCCAGCAGUCAUUGUCCGAGCGCCCAAUGUGGUGGAAUGCUGCCGGCUGAGCCAAGAUCGGGGCCAGGAGCACACCGAGGGAACAAACCUCGACCAGGAAUGCAGACGACUUCUUGGGAAUGGGCACUUUGCCAAGGUUUGGCCUUCCUUUGACCUUCGGAUACGAGAGACGCAUGCGGGUCCUCCCUUUGUGGGCUGCAACUCGGAGCGACAGGCUGCGAUUGGAGUAUCCAGCAAGCAGCUGGCUGCAAGGAUACAGUCGCACAAGCGAGCUGGAAAAAGCCUUAUCCACUAA